AUGAUCGAUCCUCAAUCAAAUAACGAUAUGGACUUAUUCCAAGUAGACACCCAUGGAUCUCAAUCAAUCAGACAUACACUUUUACAUGGUACAGCAUCAGGUAGAGCACGUAAAGGAGUCAAACCAUUAAAAGUAGAUGAAAUCUUAAAUGAAGUUGCUAACAAUCAAAACACGACAGCUUUAGUUUCAAGAGUUAGACAACAAAUCACAGAUCCAAAAAAAUCAAAAAACUAUAAAGUUAAACUUUUAAAUCAUCAAGAAAGAAAACGAUUAGAAAAGAUGGUGUUGAGAAAAAAAUAUCAAUCUACUUUGAUUGAUGAAGGUCGAAGUAGUACUGCUGUGGCUAUUAGACCACCACCUGCACCUGAAGAUAAUUUAUGGUCAAAAGAUUCGAGUUUAGAGAUCCCAAUUAUACCUGUCAAAGCACCAUCAUAUUUAAGAAAACAUGAAAUCUUGGAUAAAGUCACGGAAACUUUAACCUUGAAAUCAGAAGCACCAGGAUUGAUUUCGAUCCCAGCACCACAUCCAGGUCAAAGUUAUAAUCCAAGUUUUAAAGACCAUCAACAAGUUUUAAACUUAGCAAAUCAAAAAUUAGAAAUCGAAGAAAAUGAAACUCGGAAAUUAGAAUCGGUUAAAGAAAACAUGAAGAAAUCUUUGGCUGAAGGUAGAACUAAAGAAUCAUGGGAGUUUUGUGAAGAAGAUGUGGAUAAGCUUAUGGAAGAUGAUGAAAGUGAAAUUGAUGAUUCUAAGAAAACAGAUGACCAAUUCGUUAAGAAAGUUAAAAAACAAAAGAAAAAAACUACCGCUCAACGUAAUAGGAAAGCUAGAGCACUUGAAGAGGCUCGUCUAUUGGCUAAACGAAGACAAGCGAAAGUGAUCUCUAAAUCUUUACACGAAUUACCCACAAUAGUGAAUUCGAUCACUCAACAAAAAGCGAACUCAUUAGAAACCAACCUAAACCAAAAAUCCAAACGAGCUCAAUUAAUUUCAAAAUACGGAUUAAGAGCCGUCAGAGGAGGAGAACCCAAAGGAUUAAACUUAAUUUCAGAUCAACAUACUUAUCAAUUAACCGAAGAUUUAACUGAGACUGGUUUACGUGGAUUAAAGAUUGAAGGAAAUCUUUGGAAAGAUUGGGAAUUGAGUGGGAUUAGAAGAGGGAAAGUUGAAGGAAAGAAAUCGUUGGGUAAAUCAAACGGGUUUGUUUCUAAUGCUAGAUCUACUAAAGGUAGAAAAUUAAAAGAAGUUGAAAAACAUGCUUGGAAGAAUUUCGAAGCUUAGGAAAGCUUUUCUUUAAUUUGGAUUUGGGUGAUUGAAGUGAUGAAAUUGAUUUAGUUCAGGAGAAUCUUUGGGGUUGGUGGAUCGUGAAGUUGUCUUGUGUCGGGGUUUCUUUAUUUUGAUUUGAAGUAAAUUAGAUGCUCUUCAUGUUUUAACUUGAUAUCUCUCCGAUCAGUGUCUCUCAUCUUCGAUUAUGGAAGUUGAGCCUUUUCUUUUACUCUUUUGUUACUCAAGAUUUCAAAAAAUGCGUCAAAUUUUUAAUGUAAGAUAUUCUC